CCUGCUGGGCCUGCUGGGCCUGCCGGCCGCCUGCUGGUGUAGUAUGUUUGGCAACAACCUCGAGGGCGGUGGUCCUGGAGCCGGUGCGUUGGACGGGUAGCUCCACCGACAUGAGCUGACCGGGGCAGAAAACAUGGAAAAGUGGAACGGAAAUUGAGCCCUCGUUCUGGAAAAGUGAGGGGGAGGGAGUCAAGACCAGGCAGUCGACGCCGUCCUGCUGAAGUUGGGGAGCGGCCUCCACCAUGUCGCGCCUCUACAACGCCGGCCAGUACAACCAGGAGUUCCUGCCCAGGCGCCUCGGCAACUGGGAGGUGGCCAAGUGGUUCCCGGAGCGCAAGGCGCGCGACCCGUUCAACUUCAAGCCGACCGAGCCCAUCGUCGACGACCGGGGCCGCUUCCUGCCGGGCGCGCCGCGCGCCAACCGCAACCCCUGGAACAACUACAUCGGCACGCACGACCAGCCGCCGCGCAUCACCAGGGCCAUAGCGAACGAGCUGUCCUCUCGGCCACCUAACCGCCUCCGCUACUGGGACAAGCCGAACACGCGCCUCCGUCCCGUGCCCUGCACCGCCAAGGAGCUCCAGGGCAGCCCGGGGUUCUCGCUCGUCGCCGAGGGGCCCGGCUACCCGCAGCACCGCAACUACUUCCUCAACAAACGGGACUACGUGGACCACGGCGACCGCAUCGACGAGCAGGACGUGGUGGCCGUCGAGUUCCUGAAGGAGCGCAGGCGCCGCCAGCAGGCCGUCAAGGAGCGCGUGGAGCAGGUCAAGGAGCUGACGGCCUCGCUGCGCCAGCACCAGGAGCAGCUGCGGCGCGAGGACGCCGAGCGCGACGUCAACUGGCUGCUGGAGCACCGCGAGCUGCACAACAUCGUGCCGCCUGCCCGAGAGACUGCCACAAGGACUCGCCAGGUGGACUACACCCCGGCCAGCCUGCUCGAGGCCAAGGAGCACUACAAGAGCCCCAAGAGCGCCAAGGGCCGCUCCAAGGGCUCGCCCAGGCGGGACGCGGAGCCAUGCUGGGGGCCGGGGGCGCCCAAGGAGGACGGCGGCCGCGGGGAGCUGCAGGACCGCGACGAGGGCAUCCACGAGGAGCAGCCGGAUAAGGACCUCGACGCUCCCGAGCCGCGGACAAGCUGGGACGGCACGGGCGGCAGCGACGAUCCGGUCCGCGACGACGGGCAGGACAGCGGCGUGGGCAGCGUUGACGACGGCCACCUCGGGGAGUCGCCGGAGCCAGCCAACGCCAAGCCCACCCCGCUGUACCCCCAGUUCGAGGACGACAGCGGGGAACUCCUCAAGCCCAGCAACCCAGACUACCCCAGCGUGGACCCUGGCUUCUCCCGCCGCGCUGCUCGGGACCCGACCAUCCAGAGCUACCCGGAGCCGGAGCGGGUGCGCGAGCAGGGCUACCCGGAGAUGUUCACGACUGAAACGGACCUCGCCGCCCCCCCGUCCCGGCCGUACGCGCGCGCCCAGUUCGCCGUGGUGAACGCGGACCCCGAGUCUCCCCCCGCGUCGCCGCAGCACCGCGUGCCCACCCCCGGGCCGGCGCUGGCCAACGCCUACUCGAGCUUCCAGGUAGCCAAGCAGCUCCACAAGGAGAACCUCGAGCACAAUCCGCUGCCGGACACCGUCAACGACGACCUCUUCAAGAAGCUCAACUCGCAGCGGCACCCCAACCCGGGCAUCGCGCUCGACGUGAAGCCCGACGCGGCGGCCGUCGGCUGGCGGUCCUUCAACGCCCCGGGCCCCACCAACUGUUCCAAGAUGAGGGUCUACAGGCCCAAGACGGCGGCGCCCACCGCGUCCGCCAGGCACAACGGCCUGCAGGGCGAGAGGGCGCUGCAGCGGCCUAGCACGGGCCACCCGAUGAAGCUGCUGGCCAAGGACCACGUGUCCGAGAUGGAGCUCGCCAUCUGCUGGGACCUGGUGCCCGCGUACCCCGAGGACGAGCCCAAGCCCACGCCGCACAUCGACGGCAGCAACGGCAGCGCGGCGCCGGGCAUCUUCAGUCUGGUGCACCACCCCGCCGACAACGAGGACGACGUCAAGGUGUCGUCCAGGAGCGGCCUGGACCGCGGCCCCGACCGCACCAGCCCCCGAGGCUACGUGGUCGGCCCCGGCGGCACCAGCACCCCGCCGGUGGGCAGGGAGAGGAAGACGCCGCCCAAGCCGCCGUCCGUCGAGAGCGUGCACAGCGGCAGCGGCGGCAGCGGCGGCAGCGGCGGCAGCGGUGCCAGCCAGCCCAACCACAAGUCCGAGUACAAGAUGGCCUUCAAGGCGGGCAAGCCGACCACCAGCCUCAGCACCAACAGCAGCUUCGACACGCCGCCCAGCCUGCACAGCGGCUGCGGGCCCUCCAUGGGCGUGGGGCCCGUGGGGCCGGCGCGCGAGGUGCGCGUGCCGAAGCAGCGGGCGCCGUUCGCGCGCAAGAACUACGCCAUCACCAGCCUCACGCAGCCCUUCUCGCUGUGGCCCAAGGAGACCGGGCACGCCUACCCCGAGCACUGGCGGCUGGCCUCCGUGUACCAGCACUCCUUCAAGCCCGUGCACGCGCGCUCCAAGCCGCUGCUCAAGACAGUGUACCAGUGAGGCCGUGCGGGCCUCCCCCGCGCCGUGGAUCGGACUUGUGAACGCGACUCUCCGUCAAGUUUUAACUCAGGUCUGGGCACGGGAACCUACACGCAAGAUGUAGCUUCUUUGUGGCCCGAGGUGAAGUAAGACAUGAAGCAAAGAGGACACUCACAGGGUGAUCCGGUCCGGACUGUGUGAGUGGUUCACCUUCCAUCAGUUAAUUUAUGUCUCCUAAAUUCUGUUUUGUUUUUUUGCUGGAAGGAUGGGGGUUUAAGAAGCUGUAACAGUACAUCUUUACAUGAAAUUGGACACUUUA